AUGCUUAAAAAGGAUCAGUUUCAGUGGACAGAAGAAAGCAAAGUUGCCUUUGAAAUACUUAAGGCUGCAAUGUGUCAGGCACUUGUUUUAGCACUGUCUAAUUUUACUAAAGGUUUCUGUUUGGAAACAUAUGCAAGCUCUAAGGGAAUUGGAGCAAUUUUGUCUCAAGAAGGAAUACCAGUGACCUAUCUUAGCAAGGACUUAGGACCUAAACAAAUGGAUCUGUCCAUCUAUGAGAAGGAGUACUUGGUCAUACUAAUGGCCAUUUCUAAGUGGAUGCAUUACUUAGAAGAGGGGUCCUUCAUUAUAAAAACAGAUCAUGAGGCUUUAAAGCAUUUGUUAGAACAUAAGUUAACUACUUCUAUACAAAAGAAAGGGCUCACAAAGUUGUUAGGAUUGAAUUAUGUUAUUCAGUAUAGGAAAUGCAGACAUAAUUUGGCAGCAGAUGCCUUAUCUAGAAGAGAUAAGAAUGAAGGGGAAUUGCGUCAAUUAACAACUAUUGUUAUUAUUCCAACUUGGGUCCAAGAAGUUGAGCAGAGUUAUCAGAAUGAUUUAGUGGCUAUAGAAAUGAUUACUCAGCUAGCUGUCUUUGUUCAAGAUACAACAGAAUGGACUUAUUCAAAAGGGGUUUUGAGGAACAGGGAUCUCUAUGGGUAUACUCCUCCCACUAUGACUUGGUCAACAGACUCAAGAGUAGCAGAUAUACAAAAACUUUUACAAGAGAGAGAUACCAUGAAUACAAUACUAUAUGAGCAGCUUGACAAAGCACAACAGCGUAUGAAGCAUUAUACAGACAAAAAACGUAGUGACAGAGUGUUACAAGUGGGGGAUGAAGUUUACCUUAAACUUCAACAAUAUAAGCAGUCAUCGGUGGCAUUGAGGAAGAAUCUGAAGCUCUCAGCCAGGUAUUAUGGACCCUACAAGGUUAUAGAGAAAAUUGGAUUAGUGGCUUAUAAAUUGCAACUGCUUGAAAAUUCGAGAAUACACUAUGUCUUCCAUAUUAGCCUUUUGAAAAGGAAAAUUGGAGAGAAGGUAGUUACCUCUAGAGAUCCACUAGAGGUUAAUGCUGAGGGUCAACUUCGUGUCUAUCCUCUCCUGGUAUUAGACAAACGCAUAGUGAGAAGAAACAAGACGUCAGUCACACAAUUGUUAAUUCAGUGGGUGAACUUUAGACCGGAGAAUGCUACCUGGGAGGAUUUCAAUGUGCUGAAGUCGUAA